GCAUGACACCAGGAAGUAACACCAUUAAAUUGACUGUACAAAUAGCGACACGCAAGGAUACGAAAGCAGGAUUUCGGUGCUUUUGGGAUUUUUAUCUGAAUAUUUAUAGCCCGCGAGGACGUACAGGGACGCCGGAAGUCCCUGCGACUCGAUUUUCACCAUUGCAUGGAUAAUCCGCCGGUAAAGAUGAUGGACUCUACACUCACCGAGAUGGGGAACCAUCUCUCUGAUGCUAUGAAGAUUUUGGAAAGUGGGAAUUUAGAGACAGAACCGGUAACAGAAAGAAGAAAGCUGAGUUGGAAAGACAUUCCAGGACCUUUACAAGGAGAUGGACAGGAUGUUGUGAGCGUACUACAGCUGGUACAGAACCUGAUGCAUGAAGAUGAUGACAAACAGAGUAAUCGCAGGAUGCAGUAUGUUGGAGAGCAGGGACACAUGGCUCUAUUGGGACACAGUCUGGCAGCAUAUAUUUCUGUCUUGGACCGAGAGAGAUUUAGAAAGCUGACCACACGCAUCCUGUCUGAUACCACUCUCUGGCUUUGCAGGCUUUUCAAAUAUGAAAAUGGCUCGGCUUAUUACCACGAAGACGAUCGUGAUGGACUGCUAAAAGUGUGUCGGUUGGUCAUUAACACACAUUACGAGGACUAUGCUACUGAGGGCUUUACGGUCCUCAGCUCUAAACAGCCUGUUAUUUACCAAAGUGCUGCAUGCAGACCUGGCCUGGGACAACAUCUCUGCAGCCAGCUGGGUCUGCCUCUCUCAAGUCUUUGUAUUGUUCCCUGUAACACCAUGUUUGGCUCACUGCACCAAAUGGAUGUUGCACUUCUUGACAAACUCAUUAAAGAUGAUCGCGAGUCAGGGAAGAUUCCACUGCUGUUGAUAGCGAAUGCUGGAACGCCAGGUGCAGGUCAUACUGACAAACUCAGUCGUUUGAAAGAGCUCUGUGAUCAGGACAAAAUGUGGCUCCAUGUAGAGGGGGUGAAUUUGGCAACACUUGCUCUUGGUCAAGCCGCCACCUCUGUUGCGGCUGCCACCAAGUGUGAUAGUAUGACAUUAACUCCGGGACCUUGGUUGGGUCUGCCGGCUGUUCCUGCUGUCACUCUUUACAGACAUGAUGAUCCUGCUCUGUCUCUCUCAGCUGGUCUGACAUCAAGCCAACCAGUAGAGAAGCUGCGGGCUCUGCCUCUUUGGCUGUCCCUGCAGUACCUGGGGCAUGAUGGGAUUGUAGAGAGGAUUAAGCAGGCCACGCAACUAAGCCAACAGCUGUUGGAGCACUUAAAGACACUGGCUUCAAUAAAAACCUCGGAUGUCCUUGACAGUGAAGUGUCUCUCGUCGAGGCUUUGCACAUGGUGGAGGAUGAACUGAAUUCACCAGUGGUGGUGUUCAGAUUUUCUCAAGACAACAGUGCUUCAUCGAGCGGCGGCUCAGUAGAGGGAAAUGUUGCAGAGGAGAGAGAGAUUCUUGAUGCGCUAAACAGAUGGUUGGGUGAGCAGUUGGCGCAGCAGGUGCCCAUGAGUGGUGUGGAUGUGGUUGAGCUGGAAGAUGAGGGCACAUGUGUUCGUUUUAACCCCCUCAUGACCGCAGCAGCGCUUGGCACUCAGGAGAAUGACGUGGCUUUACUGGUGGAGAAGUUGGGAGAGAUGAUUCCAGUGUUGAGCUGCACUUUGCGCUUCAGACAGGACUUUAAAGAUGAGGUCUUACAACAAGCUUCACUCUCUUAUAUUGAGGAUCUGAGCUGGCCCGGUCUUGGAGGCGUGAGAUAUGAGCCCAGAAACACAGACCUUGAUGAAGACAAGAGAAAAAAGAGGGUGGAGAGAGUCAACGGUGAUUUGCUUAAGAAACUGAAGGAGCUGGAUACAGACCUGAACUUCUCUGUCGGCCCUGAGUUUUGUGAAGAGAAAAAUAGCAUAUUUAUUGGAAUGGCAACUGAGGACCUGGAUGUGGCCGAGUUGGUGGGAACUGUUGUAUCUCUUGGCAGACACAUUGAGGAAAGUGGAAAGUUAUUUGAGAACAUGACAGAAGUAGUAAUGCGAGGCAUUCAGGAGGCGGAGUUGCAGCUUCAGAAAGCCAAUGAAGAGAAGCUCAUAGAAGAGGGUGUACUUCGACAGAUACCUCUGGUGGGCUCUAUGCUCAACUGGUUCUCUCCAGUACAAGCCUCUGUGAAAGGAAGGACAUUUAACCUGGCUGAAGGUUCUCUAGACAGCACUGAGCCCGUGUACUCCGUUAAAGCCCAGAUGACUAAAGAGUCCUCCCUUGAUUCCCCCAGCAACGACUGGAUUCCAGGCAAAAAACUCUUUCAGCGUCAUGGGGCGAGCUCGGAUUCUAUUAGUGAUACCAGCUCUGUUGGCCAGCUGGACGAAUCGUUCAGGGACACGGCACCAAUCCAGGCUGCUGAUGAAGAUGUGGCAGAGGUUCCUCAGGAAAAUCCUUCACAUGCAGAAGAGGAAACCAUCUCAACAGAUCAACGUGUACCUGAGGGCCAGGACACAGAGAGUUCUGAUGCUCUUAGAUAAGACCAUUCUCAGGUGGAUGUCAAUGCAGUUGUGCUCUGUUAAAGAGGAACCUGCAUCUGUGACCUUGAUGCCUUGAGCGAGUCACUUCUAAAAUUAAGGAAUGAAGCAGCUUUAAACACAAAUAACACUGGAAUUUCAUAAAAAUACACUCUAAAUAUAUGUCCAAAUCUCAGAUCCCACAGCCGUAGUGAUUAAAUAAGCAAUUGCACACUUUUAUUUUGGUUAAGGCGGGGUCUCUUCACAGUUCUAUUGGUGCACUGCCAGUAUAUCCUUGCAAUAUGGGUGACUUAAGAUUUCUUUAGAUUUUGGUUGUGGAUGCUUUCCCCUACUCCAUCUGUAGGUCUGUUUAACAGGUUUUGUCGGCACACAUUAUUUACGCAACGAAAGGGCUGUUGUGGCCAAGCUGUCAUGAUUAUUAAUGUUAAAAACGGUUGUCAAAAUGUCUUGCCAAAAGUUUGCUUCACCCAUUCUCCAAAGGGAGAGACUUAUAAAGAGGUUGUGACGCUGGAAGACUCUUGCAGCUAAUCAAACGAUAGCCUUAUUGCACUUUUAUGUACACAGUGUCACACCUUAAUCAGAACAGCUGAUUGUUUAUUUAUUCCAUAAAUAAUUCCCCUGGUGACUAUUUAGAGACACUUGUAAAUUUACUGUAAUUCCACUGAAGUGUGAAGACCUCAAAUAACACAAAUAUCCAUCCAGCACUCUUGGCUUUACCAAUGGUGAAAUGAUUAUAAUACUGCUGUCACUGUGAAGAAUGUUUCAGAAAUGUUUCUUUGAGUAUAGUUGUUACAUUUUUAGGAUGUUUAUGAAGGUUAACUAUUAUGUACAGACAUGAAGAGUCUUAUGUUGUUUACAAUGUUGAAUGUGCUAGCACACAUUAACAUUGCUACUAAAAUAUGAUUCAUUCAUAAUCGGCAAACUAAUAUUGUACAAAUAGUCCAUCCAUUAGUAUCAUUUUUAAACCACUACAACAACAUUGCGUCCAUCUGUUUAACGUGAUUGUGCUUCCUUUUUUCAAAACUAUAAUUUUUUAAAUGAUGCAAUAAAUCAAUGGGAGUUUAUUCGGGAAGAGGUAACUCUUGUGUCAAAAUAGAGUGUUUUUUAUAAUGACAAUAAUGUUAUUUUACAAUGAGCUAUUAUAUAAAUGUCAAUAAAACUAGCACUAAAGAAAUGUCA